GGGGGUUAAAUUAAACACAAACGAUUCACGAAUAGAUGGAAUCGAGAGUUGGAAUCGUUUGUCGAUUAAUGCAAUCGGUCCGAGCUGCACGCUGGUCGCUGGGCUACGCGGUGACAUCCCGUGUGCGUGUCGGCGUGUGCGAUCGGACACGAUGCUGCGUCUGGGGAAGCUGGUGCCGGCGCGCACGAUGCUGCUGCUGUGCGACAUGCAGGAGAGGUUCCGCAACAGGGUCAUCUAUUUCCCCGAGAUCGUGCAAACGUCCGCGCGACUACUGCAAGCUGCGCGGCUGCUGGGGGUGCGUGCCGUCGUGACGGAGCAGUACCCGGAUGGCCUGGGCCCCACGGUAUCCGAGCUGGGGGCGACGGACCUGCCCACCUUCCCCAAGACGUCGCUCAGCAUGGUCAUGCCGGAGGUCCUGGCGCUGCUGGAGACGUUGCCGGCGCCGCGCUCCGUGGUGCUGUGCGGAAUCGAGGCGCAGGCGUGCGUCAUGGCGACUGCGCUGGACCUGCUGGAGCGAGGCGUUGAUGUACACCUGAUCGCCGACGCCUGUUCGGCUCGCAGCCAGGUGGACCGGCUGAUAGCGUUUGAGCGUAUGAAGCAGAGUGGCGUCUUCAUCACGACCAGCGAGUGCAUCAUCCUGCAGCUCCUGUGCGAUGCCAAGCACCCCAAGUUCCGGGAGGUACAGAAGCUAUUAGCUCCACCAGUUCCAGACACGGGGCUUCUGGGAAUGUUUGGAGGAGCUCCCAUUGCUGAAAAACGUUGAACUAAAGCAGCGGAACGAUUCGCAACACGAGCAGCGGUCGACUGCCAUGUCAGAAAAAAAAGAGCUGUCAUCUAAAUUAACGAUGCUCAAAUGCACGCGUGAUUAACUGUUUCCUAAUGCAGAAAUACAAUCUGCAAUGUACAUGCAUGUAUGAUUGCAUGUAUGUAUGCAUAUAUACGUUUCAAAUAUAGGGCUGAUUCUGUGGCUAGAGGGCUCCAUUCACACUCAUAUCCGAGAGAUGAAAUCUCAUUUGAAGGUCAAAUCAACACACUAUCGUUUUAGUGGGCUUAUGAAUAUGAGUAACAUUUUUGUAAAGCCAGCAGUGGAUCUACUUUCGAGGGACUGGUACCAGCAUAUUGGGAUGUGGAAUUUCUUCUGCUGGCAUGCUGCUGCAUUCUAAUGUUUUGUUAUUUUUUGGGGUUGAUUGAUGCCCUAAACUUUUACAUUUUUACAUAUUAACACUGUAGCAACUAUUCAGACCAAACCAAUCGGACGUUUGUUAACUCGCUGUGCCACACAGAUCUUUUGAAAAAGACUUGUUGACUUUGCCAGGCUCUCUCCUUUACAUGGGUUAAAACCAGCCAUCUGUAAUUACAUUGUAAGUUGAUUAUUUCUGCCUAGCCAUCAAUGACCACGCCAAUAACUCGUCACUUAAAAGGGACAGUACAUAAAGUAAAUUGUUGGAGCAUUUUGUCCUUGUGUGUGUGUAGAUUUUCUCCGAGCAAAAUAAUAGCUAACAAAUUGGCCAAUCAUUCUAACAUGGACUGUCGUGAAAAUUAAGGUCUUACUUGAGAAUCAGUGAAGCAUUCAUGAAUAAAUGGCAAUUAGUAUUAACAGUAUUUUUGACGCCCCCUAUCAUGAACCCCACAUGUUUAAUUGUUGAAGUGGUCAAUAUAAAGGGUGUUAAUUGUUUCGGCCAGCAUUACCGCGGUAAACGAAGCAAUAAAAUAAAAUAUAUUUUAGAUUUGAAUUCA